UGAAUUCAUUGACUGACGAAAAUGCGAAUAAAGUAUCUUCUUCAUUGGGCAUACAUCUGCAAGGAGCGAGAAGCACUCAAUCAAGAUGUUUUAUUUGUCAAUCGAAUGGUGGCAGAAAAGCUAUAACAUGGCCAGCUAUCCAACAAGCCUGGUUUGAAAAGCGGUGCUACGUUCCUAAAACGAAUCGAACGUGUGACGACCAUCUAACUCAUUCGAGCAUGUUCAAUGAGGAAGCACUGCAAAAGAUCGAAGCUAUGAAACAAGACUUGAAUGUGGACACUAAGGAAUUCGAAACGUGGCUGUAUGCUGUGUCAAAUCUACCUAUUUCAACGCCGUACAACUUUGAAGAGGACGGAAUCGAGCCGGAAAAAUACAGAAUGUUUUUGGGUAUCGAAAAGGAAAGUUUCGAUGAUAUGUUGCAGUAUUUGAAAGGUAUGUCUCAUAGGUCUUCUUAGCCUACCAUUCACUAGCUUUUUAUUUAGGAAUGAGAAACACAACAACUCGAUCACUUCGAACAGCCUUGGCGAUGUUUCUGCUGCUGCUUCGAAACAACAUGAAGCAAGAAGUCAUUGCUCACAACUUUUCGACAACUCAACAGGUCGUCAGUAACACCAUCGAUGCAGUAUCUUCAGCAUUGGAUCAACACUUUGUUCCAAAUUAUCUUGGAUAUUAUCAUAUAACACGAGAGGAAGCACUGGAAAAGCAUUCCAUCAAGCUUACGUCGAAGAUAUUGGGCCAAUCGGAAUCUCGUAUAUGUGUGGUUGCUGAUGGGACGUACAAUUACAUCGAAAAACCGUCAGAUUUCGAACUGCAACGGAAAACAUUCUCAUUACAUAAAUGUCGAAAUCUACUGAAGCCACUGUACAUAGUCUUCCCGGAUGGAUACAUUUUAGAAGCGGCCGGACCGUACUUCUGUGACUCCAAAAAUAACGACGCCGCAAACAUUCGACACCAUUACGAAAACUCCGAUCUGCUCCUUUUCCUGGAAGAGGGUGACUACUUCCUUUUAGAUAGAGGCUAUCGUGACGUCAAAGAUGAGACUGUUGAAAAGGGUUUCUCUGUUUUCAUGCCGAGUUUACUGACUGGAAAAAGGAUCAAUUUCGAUUGUGAUGAAGCGAAUUCUUCGAGAAUGGUCACAAUGUUCCGAUGGGUGGUGGAAGCCGUCAACGCAAGAAUCAAAAACGUGUUUCCCUUUUUCAAGCACACGAUCGAAGGUACAUACGUCCCGAAAAUCAUGCGCUUCAAUCGGAUUGCUUGUGCCAUAAUAAAUGCGUACUUCGAACCACUGACCAAGAACAAAGAGUUCCAUGACGUUAUCGCCGAAGUGUGUGCAAACGACAUACCUCAGUCGAAUCAACUAAAAGAUGAGAUCGAGAAACUUGGUUUGAAACGAAUGACAACCCGAUGGGAGAAAGCAUCCGCUACUUCCGCAGUAGGAUUCCCUGUACUAUCCAUGGAUGACUUGAAACGCAUCACCCUAGGUAGCUAUCAAAUAAAAAUUGCCGAACGAUACGUUGAUAGUCACCUAAGGGAAGAUUCCCAAUUCGGAAUAUUCGUUCAUCGUGAAAUGGAUGGAAUCAUCAGAGUUCGGAUUCAAUCCAGAUUCAGUCGAUCAAAAACUCAUGACGCGUGGGUGAAGUUCAGAGAAAACGAGAGUGGAUAUGAGGCUAUCGAGGGCCUGUAUUGUACGUGUAAGGUCGGUGAAAGAACGCUGGGCUGUUGUAGUCACUUGACUACAGUCUUGCGCUACCUCGGCUUCGACCGUCAUCAACAACCAAAACUCAAAGCGCGUACGCGUUGUGCAUGGGACGCGAUUGACUGCAAUGUUUCGUCUGACGAAGAUUCUGAAAAUGACAGCUAAACUUUUAAAACGAAUUUUUCGUUAUCUUCCUUGUCAGAUUGAUGUAAUGGUGCAAUAAGAUUGUACA